ACGAUAUCCGCUACACAAAUCUAUCACGGGAGUCGUGAAUUUGGGCGCUUUACGGGGCAUCUUCUGUCUUGUGUAAGGUUAGGUCAGGGCCUGGUAUUUAAGCUCUUGGUGGAAUUAUCCGUACAUCCAUUUGGGGCGUCCGUGGAUCAAAACAGCAAGAUGCGGAUCCUGGUAGCGAUCGCCGUUGUGACAUUCUUUUCCUGUGCAACUGCCGACAGCUACGGCGGUGGAUAUAGUGGUGGAUAUGGAGGCGGAUAUGGUGGAUACUCGGGUGGAUCCGGUGGAUAUGCUGGCAUGUAUCCCGCUAUGAGUGGAUACAGCGGAUAUGGUGGAUACAGUGGUUACGGUAGCAGUAGUGGAUAUGGUACUAGCGGUGGAUACGGAAAGGGCAAAGGUCAAGGUGGCGGAGCGCUGUACAUUCCUUACAAUUACCCUAACCCUGUUCCAUACCCAAUGCCAGUCGGCGGAGGAGGUGGAGCGGCCGCAGCCACCCUCCCCUCCCUGCCUAGCCCCCUCCCACUCACUCUAGGUCAGGGUAUUGGUAGGCAGAGGCAACAAACUCAAAACGGAUGGUUAGCUGCUUUGUUGGGAGGUCUUCUUUUAUACUGGCUUUGGAACAGCAACAACAACAACAACAACAGCGGAUAAAUUUGGAAAAAACUUUGUCCUUUUUCGCUAUUGUUCAUCACGCAAGCUUGAAUUGGUCGCCCAGUGUGUAUGUUUCUUUAUUGUAUCGUUUUUGCAUUUGCUAUUAAAGGCACCUGUACCCAGA